CAAUAUUUUUCUUUAUUGAUCUCGUAUUAUAAUUAUAAUAAUUAAAACAUAUAGGCGAUAAUUAUCGCGUUCGAAAACAUCAUCCUUCGAGUAUCAUUUUACUCUUGUUUAAUAUUCGGUGAACAACAUCUCGGAGGCACUCGGAUAGUGUUUUCGAGCGCAGCCUAAAUAUAAAGAUCUGCGAGAGUCGAACCGAUAAAUUGCAGAGAACUUCAUUUUACGUUCGACAUUUGAUUUAAUAACCUAUUCUUCGACGAAUUUUUUAUUGUAUUUUUUUAUUGUGAUAAGAUAGGUACUAUCUUCAUGAGUGACGAUUGCGAAACUGCAAUAACUGAAACAGGAUGGGGUAUCUGGCAUUACUUUAUCAUCACUUUGUGCGGUUUACUGUCACUUGCGGAAGCAAGCACUUCUCUGACUGUUCCCAUUGUGGCACCGUUGAUAGCGUGCGAUUUAAAGCUCAACAAAGAUAACGCCAUAAUGCCCAUCGCUACUUCCAAUUUUGGAAUGGCAGUAGGUGCUUUUCUGUUUGGAACUAUAUCAGACGUUGCAGGCCGUAAAAAAUUGAUCCCAAUUACUAUGAGCAUCGUGUUUUGCGCCUCAGCUUCUCUUUCCUUCGCUCAAGUCAAUUUUUUUAUAAAUUUGUCAGUGUUUAUGUUAGGAAUGGGAGUAGCUGGAAAUAAUAUCGUUCUGAGAAUUUAUCUCAUCGAAUGUCUACCGAUGAGAAAGAGAGGGACUUGUUUAGCAGUAAUCGACAUGUUUUGGAUAGUCGGCUAUUUAUCAGCCAUAGGCAUUUCCUGGUCCAUGAUGCCGUCCAUCAUACGUAUGCUGGACAAGCAAUUCCGGCCGAGUUCCUGGCGAGUAUUCGCUAUUGUUUGCGGUACGCCGAGCCUGGUGAUCGCCUGCACCUCAGGUCUCCUACCACCAAGUCCUCGGUAUUUGUUACUUCGUCGACGGCCGAGACAAGCACUCGCGGUGCUCCAACAGAUGUACGCCAUCAAUAAUUUGAAGCAUGCCGAUACCUACCCGAUUAGGGAUUUAGAAAGCUGCGUGCGUCCAGACGACGAGGAUGAAGCUGGCAGUAUUCAAAGAUACUUCACGAAAACCUGGGAACGGAUCCACAGAGUGCACAAGCCUCCGUACAAGCGUGUGACAUUGUGCGGAAUAUUAGCGUGUCUUCUGCAUUUUCCCGGAUUCGUUUGGCUCGCUUUGUGGAACACGCACGUUCUCCAGGAAAUGGAAGAGCACUAUAUCGUAAGCGGCACGUGUAACAUCGACGUCCAGAACAUGGUAUUGGAUUUUUUGCGAAGCUGUGAUAAGGUGAACGAAACUCGUUUCGAACUGUUGUUGCUGGUAUCACUAGGCUACGUGUUAGGAGAGACGUUGCUCAUCGUUGGAAUCGAUGUCGUUGGCAGACGACCGUAUUUAAUAUUUUCGGGACUGGCGGGUGGGCUGGCCUCGCUCAUGCUUAUUUUUCGGUUGCACCACGCGAUUCGUGUAACUCUGUCGUCGAUUUUCCUGGCCGCUUACGCUAUCGGACGCACGACGACGUGCGUUUUGCUGCUGGAAAAUUAUCCCACCGCUCUGAGAGGCACAGUGAUGGGCCUGACGAAGAUACUUCCCUACUUGAUGCUUUUCGCGUUGCAACUCUUUAUGAGAACGACCUGUCUUCUAAGUAUAAUCGUCGCGUCGGUCAGCCUAAUAGGUGCGGCGAUCGCGAUGCUAUUAGUGCCCGAUUUAACCAGAUUACCGAUGAAGGAAUAAUUCGUACUUCCAGAAAUGUAUAAGAGAAGAAUUUCUACAAAUAAAGCGACUGUAUUUUUUCUGGAAUAAAAUU